CAUUGCAUUUCUUUCCACCCAGAUUGUGCCUGAAGCCCCCGAAGAGAAAGAAGGUGCAGCAGAGCACGAGGCAGACGCCUGCCCAGCAACUGCCCUGCGCGGAGCCUCCCGACCUGCCGUGGCUGACGGCUGCAAAGCCACCGGGCCUGCCCCGUCUCCAAAGCCCGGCGCAGAUCCUUGCCAGGAGCAGCCCUUCAGGAGAGCCGGCUCCGUCCGGGAGCGCGCUCGCAAGUUCAGCUCCGGGACCCCCAACCCGCCGGCUACGCCCCAGAAGGGGGAGAGGGCUGGCAGAGGGCUGUCCGUCCUGCAGCAGCAGCAGCAGCGUUCCUGGCCCUCCCAGCAUGUGGCCAACUCACCGUUGAGGGACCGUGGGGGCACUGGUGGCAGCACUGCCCCUCGGACGUUCCAGGAUGGCAGCGGAGCACCGGACGGGAGCCGCGGGCUGGAUGCAGCCAGGACCGGUGCUUCUCAGGCCAAGGCUGGGGCGGCGAGGCCCCCUUCGCAGUGUCCGGCCAGCCCUAAAGAGGCAGGCGGCCCCCCCGGGCGGGGACCGGGGCAGCCAAUGGCAGGAAGGGAGGCUGCCCCCCGCCCGGCCUCGCGUUGAAAACGCCAACAGGGGCUCCACUGACUCAGAGGCGCUCCGUGGCUCUGCCCAAAGCCCUACGUCCUCCCCGGUGCCCCGUCCUGGUGCCGACCCUGACGGCGAGAUGAAGACCCUCCUCACGAUUGAAAUCAAGGAUGGCCGCCACCAGCCGUUGCGGGGCCACCUGAUGGGUGUACCCGGGAACCAGCGAGCAGAGCUCACCCUCGGACUGAGAAGCUCGCCCCUGCGCAUCACCGCCUCCAGCCAUGGCAGCAGCAGUGGCAGUUCCAGCGGCAGCUUUGAGAAGAUGGAUGCUGAACUGCCCACACAGCCCAAGGUGGCCUUGCCGAACGGGAUGGAGAAGCAGAAGGUCCAGGUACAAGAAGCGCAGCAGCGAGACCGGCUGAGCGCCGAGGAGCUGAGCAAAAUCGAGGAAGAAGACGUCUUGGAUAAGAUGCUGGACCAGACCAGAGAUUUUGAGGAGCGACGGCUGAUCCGGGCAGCCAUGCGGGACCUGCGCCAGCGGAAGCGAGACCAGCGGGAGAAGGAGCGGAACCAGCGGCUGCAGGAGGCGAAGGCGAAGGCGGCCUCUCACACCACGGAGACCACCUCUCGGCAGAGCAAGACGUCGGCCGACGGCUCGGCCAUCAGCACGGUCACCAAGACCCAGCGCCUCGUUCAGUCCAGUGAUGGCAGCAAAGCAUCUCGCACGCUGACCAUGGAGACCAGCUACACGAAGAGAUCGGAAAAGGACGGCAACACCUUUGUCCAGACCAAGUCCUACAGCGCGUCUUCUUCCAAGAAAGUGGGCAGCAUCUUCGAGCGGGAGGAUCAGAGCCCCGGGCGCGGGAGCAGUCUGGCUGCCUUGGAGCGGCGCCAAGCCGAGCGGAAGAAGGAGAUCCUGAAGGCGCAGAGCUUGCCCAAGGUGUCCACCUCGCAGGCGCGCAAGGCCAUGAUUGAGAAGCUGGAGAAGGAGGGCGGGAGCCCUGCGAGUCCCGCCCUGUCUCGGGCGGGAGGCCAGCGCUCGUCCAGCUUCGGGGUCCCUAAUGCUAACAGUAUCAAGCAGAUGCUCCUGGACUGGUGCCGCGCCAAGACCCGGGGCUACGAGCACGUGGACAUCCAGAACUUCUCCUCGAGCUGGAGCGACGGCAUGGCCUUCUGCGCUCUCGUCCACAACUUCUUCCCUGACGCCUUUGAUUACGCACAGCUCUCGCCCCAGGACCGGAGGCGCAACUUUGAGAUGGCCUUCUCGGCAGCAGAGACACACGCAGAAUGCCCGCAGUUGCUGGACGUGGAGGACAUGAUGAUCAUGGGGAAGCGCCCCGAUGCCAAGUGUGUCUUCACCUACGUGCAGUCCCUCUACAACCACCUGCGGCGUCACGAGCUCCAGCUACGGCAGUCACGCUUCUAGCCUCCCCCCGCCCGGGGCCUGCCUCUUUGGGGAGAGCCCCGCCUCCAGACGCCGAGGGGGCAGCAGAGGAGGGCGGCGGCUUCCCCCCCAGUCCCUGCACCCGCCCCCUCUCUUGCCUACGGAGAACCUCUUCUGUGGGGGGCAGCUCCCCCCCCACUUGCAGCAGGCUGGCAGUUGGCAGGUCAAGGAGCCCGCGCAGCCCGGCGAGGCUGCCCCGCCCCGGAAAGGGACGGAAGGCUGGGCUGCCAUUCUGCGCCACGCGUGCUUUUAUGCCAAGGUGGUCUUGCGUGUUGCCUGUAAGUUAUUCCGUGUUUUUAAAAAAGCCUGUUGUAGCUUUCACAGAGGCCCCGGUGCAGCCGCCCGAUGGCGGGCGCUCCUGAGAUUUCUUUCCCUGCAGCCUCGUGCCUUUAAUCGCCCUUUAAUCCAGAGGGGCAGCAAAUCACAAUGCUUGAUGCGGCAGGAGCGAGAAGAGGUGGGAGUUAUCCUAUUUACUGCGUUUAAUUAAACCCAGUUGGAAUGAAAUUUGUCGUCCCCCCCCCCCCCCCGAGUUGUGCCCCUGUUGCUCAGUGCCACCUGGAGAUCUGGCUUGGCACGUGGCUGGCGUAGCCGCUGCGGUUUCACGCCGUCUCGAAUUACGAAGAAAGCCAGGAAUCACAGAAAGCAGCAGCAGCAGCAGCAGCUCCUUAAUUAGGGUUGGGGUCGUUCUUCUCCCCGUCUCCCUCUUCCAAAGAAAAUCUUUGUCCAGCCUGGCAUUGUUUGACACUGGCGGGUUUAGGCACCAUGCUGGAGGAUGUGGGUUGGGGGUCUGGGGCUCUCCUGCUAUUACCCAGGCAAGAACCACCGCCAGAGUUUUGCUGCCAAGAUCCAGACAGCCACCCGACGGUGCCCAUGAGGUGCCAAACUCUGCCCCUUUGCUGCCACCACCUUUUGCAGUCCAGCCUAAUCUUAGCAGGCUGAGGGACCCAAGCCAUCCUGUUAAACCAGAAUAUGAUUUGUUUGGGUGUUGCUUGCAACCUGUGUAUAUUAGCUUAGGCUUAAUGUGUUGUGUGAACCCGAGCACUGGCGGGCAGUAGCUGUCCCGCAUUUCUGGGAAGGCCUUUUCCCUGCCCUCUCUGGAGCUGUGGAGGGUUCCAGUUGGAUUUCCACAGAGGCUUUUCCCCUCUCCCCUUUUCCUGGGGACCCCACCACCCCCGCUGAAGGAAGGCCACGCUGGAGGCCGCGCGUAGGGCUCGCUUGGGGCGGCGGGGCGUCGUCCUGCGUUAGUCCCGUCCUCCCUUCGGCCUUUGUGGUCCAAACCUAUAACUGAUAGCAGUGUGUUUCUUGUAUGCUCAAAACCUUUUGCACGCCUUUUGUCACAGAGAAAGCUUGCCUCUGGCUGUGAAUGUGGAAUGUGGGAAGGAGGCGGGGCGGUGGUGCUCCUGACGCCCCCCCCCGUCCCCAAAGAGCUUGCUUCGGUCUUGAGGAAUGGAGCCUCGGGGGCUCGUGCGGAGAUGGCGGACUCUCUUGGCUCACAAGAAAAGGCUGAAAGGGGGACAUUUCUUAAAGACACAGCCCUGCCACGGGACGGGAGGCGCUCUGCACUGGCUCAGGGAGGCUCUUUCCACUGGCGUUUCCCACCAACAGACGUUACCCAAGAUGCUGCUCGGUUCCAUCAGGCUGCUGAGGGGUUGCGUGUGCCCGCCAGCCCAGCAGAGCGUCGGCCAACUCCCCGACCGAGGAGGACUGAGACAGGGAGUCUGACUCCCAAGCAUCCUCUGCGCAGCAGCCCCCUCCGUGGGUUCCCGCUGGGCUGCUCUGUCCUUCCAGCGUCCACCGUGGGCUGCUCUGCCCCUGCUUCCUCAAGGGACGCAUAAUGGGCAGGCCGGCUUUGGGGGAGGGGGGUGGACACAGGACAGUGGAUUGUGCCCCUCUGCCCUCCCUCUGGGAUUGUACCCCUUCUCACACCAGCACAAGAGUGUAUCAGCACCAGCGAGACAAUAAACGUUUGGAUAGCUG